GCACAGAAGUAGAACCGAAAUGGAGGAGCAGUGAUCCUGGUGAAUUGAACCAGCGAAACUAACUCAGCGAAGGCCGUAGGGGGCCGUAUUUCACUUGCGUCGUCUGAGGUCGCCCCGCCCCGCCGUUUUCGCGGCGCCCUGUUGGUUUUGUGCCUGCGCGCCGCUCCCGCGAGCUCACAGAUCAGAUCAACCAUUGACUUGCCCUCUAACAUAGUCAGCUGAAAGCGACUUCACGUUUCUUCAGGAUGCCUGCGGCACUUGUGGAGAACAGCCAGGUCAUCUGUGAAGUCUGGGCCAGCAAUCUAGAAGAAGAGAUGAGGAAGAUCCGAGAAAUCGUGCUCAGUUACAGUUAUAUUGCCAUGGACACAGAAUUUCCAGGUGUUGUGGUGCGACCCAUUGGUGAAUUUCGUAGUUCCAUAGAUUACCAGUAUCAGCUUUUACGGUGCAAUGUUGACCUUUUAAAAAUUAUCCAGCUGGGCCUUACAUUCACGAAUGAGAAGGGAGAAUAUCCUUCUGGAAUCAACACUUGGCAGUUCAACUUCAAAUUCAACCUUACAGAGGACAUGUACUCCCAGGAUUCCAUAGAUCUCCUUGCUAACUCAGGACUGCAGUUUCAGAAGCAUGAAGAGGAAGGGAUUGACACAUUGCACUUUGCAGAGCUGCUUAUGACAUCAGGAGUGGUUCUCUGUGACAAUGUCAAAUGGCUUUCAUUUCACAGUGGCUAUGACUUUGGCUACAUGGUAAAGUUACUCACGGAUUCUCGUUUGCCAGAAGAGGAACAUGAAUUCUUUCACAUUCUGAACCUUUUCUUCCCGUCCAUUUAUGAUGUGAAAUACCUGAUGAAAAGUUGCAAAAAUCUUAAGGGAGGUCUUCAGGAAGUUGCUGAUCAGUUGGAUUUGCAGAGAAUUGGAAGGCAGCACCAGGCAGGCUCAGACUCACUGCUAACGGGAAUGGCAUUCUUCAGGAUGAAAGAGUUGUUUUUUGAAGACAGUAUUGAUGAUGCCAAGUACUGUGGGCGGCUCUAUGGCCUGGGCACGGGAGUGGCCCAGAAGCAGAAUGAGGACGUGGACUCUGCCCAGGAGAAGAUGAGCAUCCUGGCGAUCAUCAGCAACAUGCAGCAGUGAUGGCGGCGAGGCUCUGCGGGUGGGCCUGGCCCCAGAGCGGUGCUUAACGUGCUGGCUGUGUAUACUUAUCUUCCUCCCCAAGAGAAGACGCGUCUUUUGAGCAAACUGUACCUACCACCUGCGUUGACAGAAAGACUUUUGUUUUACUGAAGACAAAAGAUGUCUUUAUUUUAGAUCCAGAAGAAGGGAGUUUGCUCUGAAUUUGUAAACACGUCUUCCCUAUUCCUCAUCCCUAAGCCUCUCUUCUCCAGUUGCCUCCUGCCACCAGCAUCCAUGGCUCAUUUGACACCUUCUAAAAUCCAGGACAAGUCAGAAACAAACUAGUAAAAUGUAUAUAACUCUUA